GCUCCGGGGAGCAUCCCACUGAAUCUCAAAAAAGGUCUUGAAAGACACGGGACAGAGACGGCGGGUCGGCUAGAGUGUCUAGCCCGUACUGUCACUCUAGUUUUCCUUUUGCUCUCGAUGGUCAGAAGUGCAAGCCUCUCUUCCGCCCGGAGAGAUUUAGGUUCCUGAAUGCUUACGCAAGACUCGGAGUUAGUUCCGGUUCCGGCCGUGGCGAUUUGCGUUUCUGGCGUUCAGUUGUCGCGGUUGGUGGUCAAUAACCGAGCCAAGAUGCUGCGGAAUCUGCUGGCUCUUCGUCAGAUUGGGCAGAGGACCAUAAGCACUACUUCCCGCACACAUUUUAAAAAUAGAGUUGCAGAGAAACAAAAGCUGUUCCAGGAGGAAGAUGGAAUCCCAGUGUAUCUAAAGGGUGGAAUAGUUGAUGCCAUCCUAUAUAGAGCCACCAUGAUUCUUACAGUUGGUGGAGCAGCAUAUGCCAUAUACCAACUGGCUGUGGCUUCAUUUCCCAAGAAGCAGGAUUGACUUCAGUCAUCACAGCAAUCAUUUGGUUCAGUUUCAUUCCGCUCUUUAUGGACCAGUAAUAUGAUAAAUAACUGAGCUGUUCUUUGGGGAUCAAUAUUAAUUGACUUGUACUAACUGCCGCCAAUAAAGCGGUCUUUACCAUG